AUUUUAUAUUACCUUGUGUGUCUAAUUUGGUCCAUCCAGGAACUUAAGAGGAAACACGAGUGGUAAAAGGCAAGAGGGAAUACAUUACACAAAAGCCUAUUGAGAGCAUUAAACACGAGUGUACUACCAUCUAAGAGACGUGAGUAGAGUGUUGUGAGGUCCUGAAACCUUAAUAAUUUUUAUUGCACAUUUUUUUUUUCCUGUUGAAUUAUGGCUGGAGCAGGUGGUGGUGGUGACGAGUACCAUCAGUUGGACGGCGCUCAACGUCUGUUAGUGGAUGCGAUGAAUGCACAGAUGCAACGUUUGCUAGACCGUACCACAGAGGAGGUCUAUGGACGACUAGAAGCUUUGGAGAACCAAGCCAAUCAGAAUGCUAGACGAAAUAUAGAUGGGAAUAGAGGUAACAAUGGCGGUAAUGACGGACCGAGGCAGAACCGGGUUGAGGGAGUAAAGCUCAAUGUUCCUCCCUUCAAAGGUAGAAGUGAUCCAGAUGCCUACCUGGACUGGGAAAUGAAGACUGAGCACGUAUUUGCCUGCAAUGACUACACUGAUGCGCAGAAAGUCAAGCUAGCAGCAGCUGAAUUCUCCGACUAUGCCCUUGUUUGGUGGCAUAAAUACCAAAGAGAAAUGUUGAGAGAGGAACGACGAGAGGUAGAUACAUGGACUGAGAUGAAAAGGGUGAUGAGAAAAAGGUAUGUGCCCACUAGCUAUAACAGAACCAUGCGACAGAAACUCCAAGGGCUGUCCCAAGGGAAUUUAACCGUGGAAGAAUAUUAUAAAGAGAUGGAAAUGGCGUUAGUGAGGGCCAACAUCGAAGAGGACUCCGAAGACACAAUGGCUCGUUUCCUGAAUGGUCUAAACCCUGAAAUCAGAGAUGUUGUUGAAUUACAGGAGUAUGUGGUGUUGGAUGACUUGUUACAUAGGGCGCUUCGGGUUGAACAGCAAAUUAAAAGAAGAAGUGCAACAAGGAGGAACUCACCCAAUACUUACAACCAAAACUGGGCCAACAGAUCCAAGAAGGAGGGAGGUAAUUCGUUCCGACCUGCAGCCACAUCCCCGUAUGGAAAGUCAGCAACACCCAGUGUAGGUGGAAGCAAACAUAACACCUCCACUUCCUCAUCCAAUACUGGAACCAGAAACAUAAAAUGUUUCAAGUGCUUAGGCAGAGGACAUAUUGCUUCUGAAUGUCCAACCAGGAGGACCAUGAUCAUGAAGGCUGAUGGAGAAAUCACUAGUGAGUCUGAAAUCAGUGAAGAAGAAGUGGAAGAAGAAGAGUAUGAGGAGGAAGCUAUGCAGGGUGAUAUGUUGAUGGUGAGAAGGCUGUUGGGAAAUCAAAUGCAGCCACUGGAUGACAAUCAAAGAGAAAAUAUUUUCCACACCAGAUGUGUAAUUAAUGGUAAGCUAUGCUCUUUAAUUGUUGAUGGAGGAAGCUGUACCAAUGUUGCAAGUUCCACAUUAGUGACCAAACUGAAUUUGGAAACUAAGCCCCAUCCUAGACCAUACAAACUUCAGUGGCUUAGUGAAGAUGAAGAGGUAAAAGUGACUCAACAGGUUGAGGUGUGUCUCACCAUUGGGCGAUAUAAUGACAAGGUGCUGUGUGAUGUGGUCCCAAUGGAAGCGACCCAUGUGCUGUUAGGAAGACCGUGGCAGUAUGAUACCAAGGCAGUGCAUGAUGGCUUCACCAACAAAAUCUCUUUCCAGCAAGCUGACAAGAAGAUUGUUCUCAAACCGUUAUCUCCUCAAGAGGUUUGUGAGGAUCAGAUAAAAAUGAGAGAAAAGAAAAAGAGUGAGACACUUGAGAGGAAGAAGAGUGAGACACUUGAGAAGGAAAAGAGAGGAAAGAAAAAGAGUGAAACACUUGAGAGGGAAAAGAGAGAAAACAAAAAGAGUGAAACACUUGAGGGCAAACAGCUUUAUUUAGCAACAAAAAGGGAGGUGAGGAGGGUGCUUUGUGCGAGACAACCCCUCUAUUUAUUGUUUUCUCAACGUCAGAUGUUGCAUGCUAACCCAAUUGAUGAAUUUAAAUUGCCUUCUAGUAUUCAAUCUCUUAUGCAGGAUUUUGAUGAUGUGUUUCCAGCAAGUGUACCAGAUGGUUUGCCACCAUUGAGGGGAAUUGAGCAUCACAUUGAUCUCAUUCCCGGAGCGUCCUUGCCCAAUCGGCCAGCUUAUAGGAGCAACCCACAAGAAACUAAGGAGAUCGAAAGGCAAGUAUCUGAACUCCUGAGCAAAGGUUGGGUGAGAGAUAGUAUGAGUCCGUGCGCUGUACCUGUCAUUCUAGUACCCAAGAAGGACGGCUCAUGGAGGAUGUGUUCUGAUUGUAGAGCCAUAAACAACAUCACCAUCAAGUAUAGGCACCCAAUCCCCAGGUUAGAUGAUCUUCUUGAUGAACUGUAUGGUGCAUGUGUGUUUUCUAAAAUUGAUUUGAAAAGUGGCUAUAAUCAGAUUAGAAUCAGAGAGGGAGAUGAAUGGAAAACUGCCUUUAAAACAAAAUAUGGUUUGUAUGAGUGGAUGGUUAUGCCAUUUGGUUUGACUAAUGCACCUAGUACUUUCAUGAGAUUGAUGAACCAUGUUUUAAGGGAAUUUAUUGGGAAAUUUGUGGUGGUGUACUUUGAUGAUAUUCUUAUCUAUAGCACUAGUCUUGAUUUGCAUGUUCAACAUUUGCAAUCUGUUUUAAGUGUGCUUAGGAAAGAAAAAUUGUAUGCCAACCUAGAAAAGUGCUCCUUUUGUACUGAUCAUGUGGUGUUUCUGGGUUUUGUUGUUAGUGCUGAGGGAGUACGGGUGGAUGUGGAAAAGGUUAAGGCCAUCCAAGAAUGGCCAACACCUAAGACCCUGAGUGAGGUGAGGGGAUUUCAUGGUUUAGCAAGUUUCUAUAGGAGAUUUGUUAAGGAUUUUAGUACAUUGGCUGCUCCUCUAACUGAAGUUGUUAAGAAGAAUGUGGGUUUCAAAUGGGGUAAGAAACAAGAAGAGGCCUUUGCUGCCCUCAAACAUAGGUUAACUAAUGCACCCAUUCUUGCUAUGCCUAAUUUUGCAAAAUCAUUUGAAAUUGAGUGUGAUGCGUCAAAUGUGGGCAUUGGGGCUGUUUUAUUGCAAGAGGGACAUCCGAUAGCUUAUUUUAGUGAAAAGUUAGGAGCCGAUGCCCUUAACUAUUCAACUUAUGAUAAGGAAUUGUAUGCUUUGGUUAGGGCUUUACAAACUUGGCAGCAUUACCUAUUACCCAAAGAGUUUGUCAUCCAUAGUGAUCACGAGUCCUUAAAAUACUUAAAAGGCCAAGGAAAGCUUAAUAAGAGGCAUGCUAAGUGGGUAGAGUUUUUAGAGCAAUUUCCAUAUGUCAUCAAACAUAAAAAGGGGAAAGGGAAUGUAGUGGCUGAUGCACUGUCUAGGAGACAUGCUUUACUUGCUAUGCUUGAAACUAAACUGUUUGGUCUCGAGUCUUUGAAAGACAUGUAUGUGCAUGAUGUGGACUUUGCUGAAAUUUUUGCUGCAUGUGAAAAGUUUUCUGAAAAUGGUUACUAUAGGCAUAAUGGAUUCUUGUUUAAAGCAAAUAAAUUGUGUGUGCCUAAGUGUUCCAUUAGAGAGUUGCUUGUGAGUGAAUCACAUGAGGGGGGGUUGAUGGGACACUUUGGGGUUCAAAAGACCCUGGAAAUUCUGCAAGAGCAUUUCUUUUGGCCUCAUAUGAGGCGUGAUGUGCAUAAGUUUUGUGGUCAUUGCAUUGUGUGUAAACAAGCUAAAUCUAAGGUUAAACCUCAUGGACUGUAUACUCCUUUGCCUGUUCCUGAAUAUCCUUGGACUGACAUAUCUAUGGACUUUGUUUUGGGGCUGCCCAAAACCAAGAAUGGAAAGGAUUCUGUGUUUGUUGUUGUUGACAGGUUUUCUAAGAUGGCACACUUCAUCCCUUGCAAGAAAGUGGAUGACGCUUGUCAUGUGGCUGAUUUGUUUUUCAAAGAAAUAGUGCGGCUUCAUGGAUUACCGAGGAGCAUUGUCAGUGAUAGGGAUGCAAAAUUCCUUAGUCACUUUUGGAGGACCUUGUGGGGUAAGAUUGGUACUAAAUUGUUGUUUUCUACUACUUGUCACCCACAAACUGAUGGUCAAACUGAGGUAGUCAAUAGGACUUUAGGCACACUGCUUAGGACUGUUUUAAAGAAAAAUCUUAAAUCUUGGGAAGCCUGUUUGCCUCAUGUUGAGUUUGCUUAUAAUCGGGCUGUCCAUAGCACAACUAAUUGUUCACCAUUUGAGAUAGUGUAUGGAUUUAAUCCUUUGACUCCUCUUGAUUUGUUGCCUAUGCCUAACAUUGCUAUGUUUAAGCAUAAGGAUGCACAGGCUAAAGCUGAGUAUGUGAAGAAGUUGCAUGAGCAAGUGAGAGUGCCUAUGCUUUGUUGGCCGUCGAUUGCUGAUCAAACGGUUAACAGUAGGUGUGUGAGUGAACAGUGGAAGAUUGGUCUCAAUAUGAAUGGGUCGUGUGAUAGAUUCUUUGUAGAAAAGAUGGUGAGAGAUAUAAUGGAGAAUGAAGAUCUCAUGAGAUUAGCAAAUGAUGUUGCUAAAAAAGCUCUUCAUGGUUAA